UUUGCGGUUGACACAUGAAAAAGCGCCUACUUUUCAUUGUCACCUAAACCCCUCUCCUCUCCUUUUCAAGAGCAAAAACCCCUCCCUUCCCUCUCCGCCCAAAAUGAGCGGAGCUCUAAUGAGGAACGCUGCCACCAUCCCACGCCUCUUCAAGAAGUAUUCCAUCACAGACAUCCUUCUUGCGGCCGAGCCCAUAGGAGCUCCGGCAGCCACUUUCGUAAGAACCCAACAAUCACUUCACCAGUCGUCUAGAGCUUUCGUUCGUUUUCCUCAGUUUUUAAGGAAAGCCAAGGAGUUUGAGCUCUCUCCUUCUUCCUUUUCCUCCGCUUUCUCUUCGUCUUCGUCGUCUUCCUCCGCCGCCGCCAAGGAGGUUGGAAUCAUCGGUUGGUAUCUGGGCAUGGUCAAAUGUCGCCCUAUUCUUACCAAAAGUGUCACUUCGUCGCUUAUUUACAUCGCCGCUGAUUUGUCUUCUCAGACAAUAGCUCAAAAAUUGUUAGACUCUUACGACUUCUUGAGGACUUUACGUAUGGCUGGAUAUGGACUGCUAGUUUUAGGACCUUCACUGCAUUUUUGGUUCAACUUUAUGUCAAAACUGUACCCAAAACGUGAUCUAUUGUCUACAUUGAAGAAAAUGGCUAUGGGGCAGGGAAUAUAUGGACCUACGAUGACUGUGAUUUUCUUCUCCCUUAAUGCUCGUUUACAAGGUGAAACCGGCUCCGAGAUUGUUUCACGGUUAAAAAGAGACUUGUUCCCUACAUUGUUAAAUGGAGUUAUGUACUGGCCCAUGUGCGAUUUCAUCACUUUCAGAUUCAUUCCUGUCCAUCUGCAGCCAUUAGUGAGCAAUUCAUUUUCAUAUCUAUGGACCGUUUAUAUGACAUACAUGGCGGGUCUAGAGAAAGCAACGGUAACUACAGCUGAUUGACCAAACAGACCAUUUCUCUUUACUCAUGUCGAAGCUUUUAACUUUAGUCUCAAAAGAAUGAUGAUGUGAAUCAGAGAGCAACCUAUGAAUCAUCUGUAGCUUAUGUGAGUAUUGUUGGAACUUGGAAACAGACGUUUGUAUUAACUUGCAAUAUAUUAUCUGAUAAUCUUAGCAAGUAAGCCAUUACACAGAUAUAAGUAUAUAAUAUGUAUAGCGAGAGAAAGGAGACAGAUUCCAUUUCAAAAAGAAAAAAGAAAGGAGAUUAAUCCAAUUAUAUAACCAUGUUUAGAAGUAAAAAAAAAACCAUGUUUAGAAGAAA